AUGAGGAAGCCCCUGGGCGGAUGGAGACUGGCCGUCGUGUGUGUCCUGCUCCUCGGCCUCCUGUCCGCGGCCCGAGCGAGGGGCAUCAAGCACAGGUUCAAGUGGAACCGGAAGGCCUCGCCGAGCGCCGCGCGGGUGACCGAGGCCCGCGUGGCCGAGAGCCGCCCGGGCGCCUUCAUCCGGCGGGGCCGAAAGCUGGACAUCGACUUCGGGGCCGAGGGCAACAAGUACUACGAGGCCAACUACUGGCAGUUCCCCGACGGCAUCCACUACGACGGCUGCUCCAAGGCCAACGUCACCAAGGAGCUGCUGGUCGCCGGCUGCAUCAACGCCACCCACGCGGCCAACGCGGCCGAGCGCCCCCGGGAGGCGCGGGACGACCCGCUGCACCAGCGCGUGCUGGGCCGCCUGGUCCGCGAGCUCUGCUCCGCCAAGCACUGCGACUUCUGGCCGGAGCGGGGGGCCGGGCUGCGCCUUCUUCGUCGCCACGCUAGGCCCCCGGAGGAGCCCCGGCACGCCACGUUAGGUCAUAAAGGCUGGCGGCAUGGAGAAAAGGGACUGUGCCCGGCGCCCUCAGCCCUUUCCCACGACUCUUAG